AUGUAUUUUUUAAUAGUGAUUUUUAUAAUCCUACUGUACUCGUACGGCUCCAAGAAUCUCGACUACUGGAAGAGGAAGGGGGUCAUACACGAGCAGCCGGUCAUACUGUUCGGGAACAGACUGAAGCAGUUCAGGGAGGGGGUCAGCCUGUCGGAGCACUAUGCUAAUAUUUACAAUCGCUACCCCAACGAGAGGUACGUCGGGUACUACAGCAUGCGGAAGGCGAGCCUGCUGCUGCGAGACCCCGAGCUGAUCAGACACGUGCUGUCCGCCGACUUUAAGUACUUCCAUCACCGGGGUCUGAUCGAGCCGACCAACACUCCCGACGUGCUCCUGAGAAAUUUAGUUCACGGCGACGGGGACAUCUGGAAGCUUCUGCGGCAGAAGCUGACGCCGACGUUCUCCAACACCAAGCUGAAGGCCAUGUUCCCGCUGAUAGUGGAGCACACGGUGAGGCUGAUCCAGCUGGCCGGCGAGAGCGCGGAGAGCCAGGCCGAGGUCGACGUCCGCGAGCUGAUGGCCAAGUACACCACCGACUUCAUCGGCGCCUGCGGCUUCGGCCUCGACUUCGACUCCUACAAGAGCGAGGAUUCCGAGUUCCGCAAGAUCGGGAAACGCAUCUUCACGAUAACCCUCCCCAAUCUCCUGGCUCUGGCGUUCAAGGACGCCUUUCCCGAGCUUACGAAAUCCAUAAGGAUACUGGAUCUCGACAUAGAGCAGAAAAUGAUCGCGCUGGUGAAAAAGAUAAUGACCGAGAGGGGCUACGAGCCGUCCGGGAGGAACGAUUUCAUCGAUUUCCUGCUGGAAGUGAGACAAAAGGGGAAGAUAAGGGGCGAAUCGAUCGAGAUAAUGAAGCCGGACGGUACUCCCGAGAUAGUCGAGCUAGACGCGAGCGACGAGCUGCUGACUGCCCAGGUGCUCACGUUCUUCGCGGCGGGCUACGAGCCCUCCUCCCACGCGAGCGGCUACCUCCUCCACCAGCUGGCCUACCACCCAGAGGAACAGGCUCGGUGCCGCCGGGAAGUGGAUGAGGUGUUGAGCAGAUACGACGGAAAACUGUCCUACGAGGCUGUCAAAGAAAUGAUGUACUUGGAAAUGGCUCUCAAGGAGGCAUUGCGUAUGAUACCGUCGCCUGGAUUCUUCUUGAGGUCGUGCGUUCACAAGUACACGUUACCCGGCACGGACCUCACGAUCGACCCCAAAACUCAGAUCAUUGUGUCGCUUCAAGCGCUGCACAACGACCCGCAGUAUUUUGACAACCCGGAGAAAUUCAACCCGUCGAGAUUCGAGGCCCUGGAUAAGAGCCUAAAAUACGUUUAUAUGCCCUUCGGCGAAGGACCGAGGAGUUGCAUAGGAGAACGUCUCGCCAUAAUGCAGUCUAUGGCGGGGGUGGCGGCCAUUCUCAGUAGAUUUACAUUGACCCCCUCCAAAAAUUCAACCCCUGUACCCCGAGUUGACCCCAAGUCACUCAUAGUGCAAAAUAUUGCUGGUGGACUUCCUUUGAUAUUAAGUAAACGAUAUUAA